GAGCGCGUUUGUGCGUAUGCAGCACAGAAGAUGGCGUAAAACUGCUUGUGGUGCGCUGUUCGGUAGGAUUGUCUUGUUUCAAACUCGUUGUGGUCGUCAGUGCGUCAAGAUAAUCAUCUCGGAUGCGCAUCAACCUACCUUCUCCUUCAGUAACACGCCGGAACGCUUCUUGAAACAUCAUGAGCAUGAGUGUCGACGCGUACGGACCCAGCUCGCAGACGCUUACAUUCCUCGACACGGAGGAAGCCAGCGACUUGCUGGGAGCCGACACGCAGGGAUCAGAGUUCGAUUUCACCGACUUUACGUUGCCGUCUCAAACUCAAGCGUCUCAGGCAGAUGGCGGACAGACACAGGGAAGCCGUGGAGGCCAGCUUCCUGGGGAGGUGCGCAGCAACGGCCUGGAGGUGGCCGCAGCUGGACAGGCCCUGGGCGAGCUCACCUUUGAGGAGGAUGAAGAAGACCAGUACUACGCCAAGGAUCUACCCGAGCAUGCCUGCAAGUACUGCGGCAUUCAUGAUCCUGGAUGCGUUGUUCAGUGCAACGUGUGCAAGCGCUGGUUCUGCAAUGGUCGAGGCAACACGUCAGGCAGCCACAUGGUGAACCACCUGGUGCGUGCCAAGCACAAGGAGGUGACCCUCCACCGAGAUGGCCCACUUGGCGAGACAGUGCUUGAGUGCUAUUCGUGUGCCUGCCGCAACGUUUUCGUCCUCGGCUUCAUUCCGGCCAAGGCCGACUCGGUGGUGGUGCUGCUUUGCCGACACCCAUGUGCCGCCCAGUCCUCCCUCAAGGACAUGAACUGGGACCCGGACCAGUGGAAGCCACUCAUCCACGAUCGCUGCUUCUUGCCAUGGCUAGUGCGUGCACCUCUUGAGAGAGACCAGCUGCGAGCCCGCCAGGUGACUGCACAGCAGAUCUCGAGGCUUGAAGAGCUGUGGAAGGACAAUGUGGAUGCCAGCUUUCAGGAUCUGGAGAAACCUGGUGUGGACGAGGAACCCCAGCAGGUGCUGCUGAGGUAUGAGGAUGGCUACCAGUACCAGAACAUCUUUGGCCCUUUGGUCAAAAUGGAAGCAGACUAUGACAAGAAGCUCAAGGAGUCGCAGACACAGGACAACAUAGAGGUACGCUGGGACAUUGGGCUCAACAAAAAGAUGAUUGCCUAUUUCACAGUCGCCAAGUCUGAUACAGAUAUGCGACUGAUGCAUGGUGAUGAGCUACGACUGCGCUACCUUGGAGAACUGCACAAGCCAUGGUCUGGUGUGGGCCAUGUCAUCAAGAUCCCUGACAACUACAGUGAGGAAGUAGGCAUUGAAAUGAAGACAAACUUGGGCGUCCCAUCUGAGUGCACCUCCAACUUUGUGGUUGACUUUGUGUGGAAGUCCACCUCCUUUGACAGGAUGCAGGCCGCACUCCGCAAGUUUGCUGUCGACGAGUGCUCGGUAUCGGCAUACAUCUACCAUCGGCUGCUAGGCCAUGAGGUGGAAGAAGUGGUGAUGCGCUGCCCAUUGCCCAAGCACUUUUCAGCGCCCCAGCUGCCUGAGCUGAACCGCUCACAGGUGUAUGCAGUGAAGCACGCACUGCAGCGGCCACUGUCGCUCAUCCAGGGACCACCUGGCACGGGCAAGACGGUGACAUCAGCAACAGUUGUGUAUCACCUGGCAAAACAGAGCACAGGGCCUGUCCUAGUGUGUGCACCCAGCAACAUUGCCGUGGACCAGCUGACGGAGAAAGUACACCAAACGGGUCUGCGGGUGGUACGGUUGUGUGCCAAGAGUAGAGAGGCCCUGAACUCGCCCGUAUCCUUCUUGGCGCUGCACAACCAGAUCCGCAGCAUGGACGGCCACUCUGAGCUGCACAAGCUGCAGCAGCUGAAGGACGAGACGGGCGAGCUGUCGUCAGCUGACGAGAAGCGCUACCGCAUGCUCAAAAAAGCCUGCGAGCGUGAGCUCUUAGAGGCUGCCGAUGUCAUCUGCUGCACGUGUGUUGGGGCAGGAGACCCUCGGCUAGCGCGCUUCAAGUUCCACUCUAUCCUCAUCGACGAGAGCAUGCAGGCCACUGAGCCAGAGUGCAUGGUGCCCGUUGUACUUGGGGCCAAACAGCUGAUCCUGGUCGGUGACCACUGCCAGCUGGGCCCCGUGGUGAUGUGCAAGAAGGCAGCACGGGCGGGGCUGUCGCAGUCGCUCUUUGAGCGGCUUGUGGUGCUUGGCAUUCGGCCCUUGCGUCUGGAGGUGCAGUACCGCAUGCACCCUCAGCUGGCCCAAUUUCCAUCGAACUUCUUCUACGAGGGCUCCCUGCAGAACGGCGUGUUUGCUGACGAGCGCCGCAUGCGUGGUCUGGAUUUCCCGUGGCCACAGCCAGAGCGGCCAAUGCUCUUCUAUGCCUGUCAGGGCCAGGAGGAGAUGGCGGGCAGUGGCACCUCGUACCUGAACCGCACCGAGGCUGCACUGGUGGAGAAGAUCUGCACACGCUUCCUGCGCAGCGGUGUCAAGCCCCAGCAGGUCGGCGUCAUCACGCCUUACGAAGGUCAACGUGCCUACCUGGUGCAGCACAUGCAGUUUCAGGGGGCUCUGCAUGCCAAGCUGUACCAGGAAAUUGAGGUGGCCAGCGUGGACGCCUUUCAGGGCCGAGAGAAGGACCUGAUCGUGAUGUCCUGUGUGCGGUCCAAUGAGCACCAGGGCAUUGGAUUUCUCAACGACCCCCGUCGUCUGAAUGUGGCACUGACACGUGCUCGCUAUGGGCUUAUUAUUGUGGGAAAUCCCAAGGUGCUGUCAAAGCAGCCUCUGUGGAACCACUUGCUGAGCUUUUACAAGGAGAAUAGAGUGCUGGUCGAGGGUCCCCUAAAUAACCUCAAGGAAAGUCUAAUCCAGUUCAGUAAGCCACGCAAGCUGGUCAACACGGUGAACCCAGGUGGUCACUUCAUGAGCACCACUGUGUUUGAUGCUCGAGAGGCCAUGGUGCCUGGUAGUGUGUAUGACCGCUCAUCUCAGCUGAAUGGUGGGCCAGACUGGCGGAACACUGGCCGUGGAGCCUGGGCACCCCUCAAGGAGAACUUCCCUGAGACAGCUUUUGGCCGGCACCACGACCCACUGGCAUAUAUCGGCCCUGCAGAGCGGGCGGCAGCCAAUCCUGGCCUUCCUGUGCCUGUGGGGCUGUUCAUGAACAUGGCACAUGUUCCACCGCGCUUCUACAAUCAGCACCAGCAAGCACUGCAGGCACGGCGAGGGGCUGCUGGCCCAGCAAAGGGCCCCCCACCCCGCCGCACAGCCCGCCAGCAGCAACAGCCUCCACCAGGACGGCGUGCCCCACCAGGCUCGCAGUUCAACAGUCAAGCUAGCCAGGGAGUACUGUCCCAGCCGGGUGGCAGUGGGCCACUGUCGCAGCCUGGAGUGGGCGCCCUGUCGCAGCUGUCACAAGAAAGCUGCUUCCUGGGGGAGGAGCUUCGCUCGCAGGCCGAGGGCAUGCUCUCCCAGGACUCGUCUUACCAGGGGGACAGGCACUGUUUUGGACAGCCACCCUCUUCCUCCACAGCCCACUUCGCAGCACAGCAGCCCUACUGAGGAGCCAGGCAGCGGCAGCAGCAGCAUCAGGCAGGCGGACUGAGGCAACAAGGCCAUGGGGGCCCCCUGGACAGGGAGACAGUGGGGCAGGGGCCAGCCCCGGGCAUCGCGCGCCGGCGCACCACCCAAAGUCCGGGACCUGAAGAAGGAGGCCGGGCCACGCCCCCCCUCUUCCUCCUCUCCAUCACCGCCGGAGGCAGCACCACAACUGCGCAGGCUGCGAAUAAACAAGGCACUGUGUGUGCGCGGCGCGGGCAGACAUU